CACACUUCUCCGUGUGUCUGUCGCUGAGUGAAAAACGUUGGUGUUUCCAGUGCGAUGAAGACGCAGAUGACAGUUGUUUUCUUCUUCAUAGUCAUGAGCUCAUCUGCUGCUGACAAAGUGACGAGGAAGCUGACAGCCACUGAAGGAGGAAACAUCACUCUACCUGUCUCUGUCAGCAAGUUAGGAUUUCUUUUAUUUCAGGGAAAAAAUAUUGCAAUGGUGAAAGAUGGAAAUCUGGAUAUACUUUUAAAAAACAUUUACAGUGACAGAAUUCUGUGGAACAACAACACUGGACUGUUUACACUCACAGGAUUACAAAGAAACAACACGGGGGAUUAUUUUAUUAACUUUCCCAAUGAUGACAGUUCCUCUGCAUUUAAACUCAAAGUUUAUGCGAGAGUCCCAGUGCCAGCAGUGACCAGAGAGAGUGUGAGCGCUGACAGCUGCACUCUGCUGUGUACCCUGUGUGCCAAAGACAUCAUGGUCACAAUGGUCGCAAGUUCGACUCCACCCCUGGCUGAUUGUACUCAAUUCCAUUCUGAAGAGACGACGCUGUCGUGGAACAGAGACGAGCAGAUAGUGAACAGCAGCAGCUCUGCUCUCCCUCUGCCACUCACUGUGCAGCUGCAGGACUUCAGCUCUCAGUAUAACUGUGUGGCUGAGAAUCCUGCUGAGAGGAAGAGUCACGCGCUCACUGUUGAGACUCUGUGCAGCACAGACACCACAGAUGUCAACAACAACAACAACUACAGACACUAUAUAAUUCCACUCAUCAUUGUGUAUACUGUGAUUUCUGUCCCUGCUGUUUUCAUCAUCAUGAAGAUUUGUUUCAAUUACAAGACGACAACCAAGCAAACACAAGAUUCAGGGGAGGCAGAAGUUCAGUAUAGUGACAUAUGUGUACGUAAAGAACGUCAGAAUCAGGAAAGACCUGAUCCACCAGCAGCCGCUGACAUGUCCACAAUCUACAGCACACUACAGCCUCACCCCAUGGUGCCAGGUCACUCAGCCACUGUUGAGAACCUCUGACAGUAAACAGUGGACUGUGGACGCCCACAUACAGCCACUGUGAAGUCAGUGUGUCAUUGGGCCAAUAUUAAGGAGUCCCCUGAUGGUAGUCCCACCAGGGUUUACCUGCACAGGUCACCAGUCCAUCACAAUUUAGAGUGGCCAGUUGGUUUUGGACUGUGGGAGGAAGACGGACCCUGCUGAAAAAUCCAGUAGAAUACCAUUAGAAAAAAAACAUUAGGAACCAUUAGAAUAUGCCUAAUGGUUUCUCUAACUUUUUUAAGCAGUGCCCGGAGAAUCCACAUCUGCAAACAAUGGUUCUCUUUCUAACUGGGAUUUGAAACAUUGACCGUGUCUUGGUUUGGGGCAACAGUACUAGCUCACCUCUGUGUCACUGUGUACUUCCAUAUUCUAGAGCAGUUUUUCCCCAACGAUUUUAUAUUUGGACCCAGAUUUUGCACUCUGUUUUUUGCUUGUACCACGAGGUCCACAUUUCAAAUGAGUUAUCGCGUUUGAUGUAUUACCAGCGGCAUAGUCAAUGUCAGCUGGACUGUGAAGUCAUGUCGUCUUCAUCCUGUUCACUUGUCUUUCUCCACUGCUUCUGUAGCUCACUGUUCCCACACAGCAUGUGUAGACACACACACACACACAUUUUCAAAGAGUUCACAUGAACACGCCACACAUGACAUUUCUCAUGCUGAUAAAAGUCACUGCACAUAAAUGAGUAAUCGAUGAAUCAAUGAUUCGAAGGCUCUGUGUCGUUCAUUCAAACAGCUGUCAAGAAUUAGUGACCUAUCAGCCAAUCAGAAAAUAGUAUUUAUUAUUACCGGGUAAAAACACUGUUUGCAGAAUUGAGCUCUAUGCAUAUGUCAUAUAUUUUUAUAUUGUUAAAUUCUUGUUGUUUUAUUGUCCCCGUCUCUUUUUCAACAUUUCAAAGCUAAUGUUGCCUUUGGCCUAAUAAAGCGUGUAAAGCAG